CUUGUUCAGCUUUAUAAUUCAUCCACUACGCUCCCUUUGUGUACUGUCACGAUCUAUUCACCACGGACCAGGGUGUGUACUGUCUCCAUGGUAACAGGUAAAUGAGUUCCAUGCUGUACAGCAGUGUGACGUCACACCUGGGGGCUUGGGCUUGUCGCACAGGUGAAUUAGGACAGGUGAGCUGCAGGAUGUUUGUAAGAGUGCCGGCUGUGCCUCAGUUUGACCAGUCAGUAUUGGGUGUUGCCAGGGGGUCAAUAGGCUAUUAAACAGUGAGAGACGGAAGUGUGGGACAUCGAGCUGCAACUGCUGCUGAGUGUCGGACGUGUCGGGCUAACAGAAAGAUGAAACUCUUCUUUUGUCCUGUUUGGAAAACUCUGUGAUGCCAAGAUUGGAUUCACAUCAAUCUGGAUGAUCAUUUCUGAGGAACUUUGAGCACUGCAAAGUCUGGGUGCUACAAGAUCUACAAACGAAUACUGUGACAUGCGAGAGCGACUGCCAAACAUUGGACUCUACAGGAGCUGAGGAUUACUAGCUGCUCAGUGGUUGGGAGGUACUGCCCUUCCUUAAAGUGAGAGAACUGAGUAGAGGGAUUUCUUAACUGACCAGUCAUUUGGGGCAAGUAAACAACAAGACUGAAAACAGACUUCGGUAGAACAGUGACUGUGCUCUGAUAUCACGCAAAAUGGUGAAUUUCACAGACUGGUACAUCCCCGUCUUUAUGACAAUCGCGAUUGUCGUUCUCACCAUCUUCUUUGCACUUGUGUACUACUUCGAACCCUGUCUGGGAAUGAUCGGAUGGAAUGCCACAGAUCGCAAACCACCCGCCUCCAUCAAUGAAAUCAGCUUCCCCAAGCGCAGCACCAAGGAUGAUACACACACUGCUCUGAUUGAAGAUGUGGGAUCACAGGAGUUAGGCUCACAGGACUUUGACGGCUCACGUGAAAAUCUGACAGACCACACAGUACUUCAGAGCAACUCACACAUUGUUGAUGUUGGAUACGAUAACAAAGCAAUGACUCUGGAUGAGCCUGAGCAGGAUGACACGAGGGAAAAGGGUACGCAAACACCUCCAAAGGACACCGAGUUACGGGAACUAAACGCGAAAAACCUGGAGAAGGACGUGGCAACGGCAGGAGUCCAAACAACUCCGCAGAAGGAAUAUACGAUCCUCAAAUCAGGCAGUACGGAGAGAACGCAGACACCGAUACAGCUGCAGGGGCCGGGGACACAAUCGUCUGCUUUACCAGGCGAGACCAAUGGUAAUGGGGAAGGGGAAUGGGCAACAAUCUCAUGGACCACACAGCUAUAAUGUACAUUUGUAUGUGUGUGCAAAAACUACUGGUAUUGUGCAAUUCAGCUGAAUGUACAAACACUACAUAUCAAUAUCAAUACAGCCACAGGCUAAAUCUGGCUAAAUGCAAUAUUUCCGGCUAAGUAAAAUGUACUUACAUGUAGGUACAUGUAUAUGGGAUACUGCGAAAAUAGGACUGUAAAAACCAUAAAAAAUCAGUCGAAAUUAUACAAUUACUUCUGAAUGAAAAAUGUUUGUCCAGCAUUCCACUGAGAUUUUAGGAGUAGAUUUUGUUAGACAGUUGUAUUGAUGGGUAUCUCUACAACAUUGUGUAAGUAAUAAUGUUUAUUAUAUGUUAUGUGCAGUAUUAUGACUUACUAAAUGAAUAUUAGCACCAAGAGAUUGUUCAGCCACAGUGCAAUAUACCAAGUGAGUCAUAAUGUUUACAAUGUCCACUUUUUCUUACAAUAAAUCCUCUACAGUAGCAAUAUGGGACUAUUGUAGCCCUCUACCACUAAGUCAGAAUUUGCCUGUUUUGAAAUAUCAAAGCAAGGAUAUGAAAAAAGUUGCCACCAGCAGGCACCAAAAACAAAGGAGAAGAGUACAGAAAAUAAAAACAACAUCGGGGCAAUCCGAGACUGAAUCCUAUGACACACUGCUACAUUGUGUAUGAUAGGUAAUAGCAAAAUCAAAAUAGGUUUUUCGAAUAAUGUGCAAAACCUGUAUACAACAAAGCCACAAUGACUUAUGACGGUACAGUAGUAAGGCAACCAAUAUCUACUCCCUUGUACACUGACAAAUCAAUGACUUCAAUAUAUCACAUGAAUGUGUUACAAGUCAAUUACAAUAUUAAACUAUUUUUCAUAUGAAAUACCUCACAGUUGCUUGUCAAUAAAAUAUGAUUUCAGCCUACUUAACAAUAUCAGGGAAGAUAGUGAUACAUGCAUUACCAUAUUCAUUGGCACGUUUAAGUUCAAUAUUGAGAAGUAUAUUUCAUGAAGCUGAAUUUGGAAACACAACUUAAGACACAUGUACUGUACUAAACGUCACCUUGACAAAGAUAAUAAAAUUUUGUGUAACUCA